AAAGUUCACAGCAACAGAGAAAGGUACUUUGCCCAACUCCCCCUAAUAUGCUCUCUGUUUCGUCUUAAACUCUACUUGCUAGUGUUCUGGUAGUCUUUAAAUUAUACACUUUGAAACGAGGAUUGUUAAUCUAGCCGAUAAUUUGUGUGGUUUAUCUGUGAAUUCUUUCUGUUUUUUCUCCUAUUAAAUGGAGGUUUGGGAUUUGUGUUUCCAGCCAUAGACAGUUCAAUGCCGACAAUUUUCAUUUUGAGCCCUUAGUUGAAUAUCACAAACAAGAUAUGAUAAACUAUAGUUCGUCAUAUAUGUUUGCUCAUUUUGGUUUUUGUUGUAAUCCUCAUUGUGGUGCAUCUAUUUGCUUUGCGUUGCUUGUCGCUUUUUUUCUUGGUUCUACUUGAGUUGUGAUUAUACAGUGGUGGUCGAACUUUUCUGUUUACAGCAUAACUUAUUGAAUUAUGGAAUUGGAAACUGUGAUAUGGGUUAAAGAAAAAGGAUAAAAGAGUCACUUGACAGAUAAUCAAGCUGACAUUGGGAAUGUCUUAUCUGUAGCCUUCUUGUUGAAAAGUUCUGAUAGAGGUUUUAAGUCAUUUAAGAUUUUAUGGGUCUGAGGUGCUUCUUUUUGAGAUAUCAUCUCUUAAUUUCUAUUCACCUUGUUGAAGAUUUUCUAUUUGAUCAUGGCAACCUUUGCAGACGGCAUUUUAGUGUUGUUUGAAUUUAUUUAUUUACUUUUUGAUGUUGUAUUAGGUUUAAUUUCUUAUGAAAAUGAUAAAUUAUGGUCAAGAUUCUUCUUGAAGUAUCCACUUUCUGACUUUCCCCUUCCUUCUUUUAUUUUCUUAGAUGAAUGGAUCAAUAUGAUAUUUACAUGUUUUUCUUUUUUGGUGGUUUCUCGAGCUUUUCGGCAUGUCUGUCAGAGUGGCAGUACAAAUUGGCUUGGUUUUUGCUAGAUGUACCGUUCAUACUUGUGACAGUGAGGUUGCAUUUUUCUUAUUCUGAUAAGUUUUAUUUAAUGGGGACGACAGAUAAAGAUUUGAACCUUUAUGAUGAGAAGCCAUUUCAAGAUGUUGAAAUGGACGAUAUUGAUGAAGCAGCAUCUGAAUCUGAGUCCGAAUCAGAGGACGAAGAUGUGAAGUUGUCUAUACCUUCACAGCACUCCAUAUACAACAGAGAUGGUCUCAAUGAUAAACUUCAAGAUAUUAGCUGGCCAGAGAAUGUGGGGUGGAUACACAAACCUUCCAUUGACACUGAUCAAGAACAAGAAGUGGAUGUGAAUGAUGACCUGGCAAGAGAGCUAGCUUUUUAAGAGGCAUUGGGGGGAACGAGGCAGGCCUUUGAGAAGCUUGAGUCAAUGGAACUCCCUUUUCUCAGGCCUCCUGAUUAUCAUGCUGAAAUGGUGAAAUCAGAUGCUCACAUGGAGAAGGUGACAGGUCGACUUUUGGCUGAGGGAAAAAACAUCCAAGAGUCUGAGAAGAGAAGGAAGGCUAGAGAAGCAAAGAGGCUUUCUAAAGAGGUUCAGACACAAAAGCUGAAAGAAAGAGCCAUGAAGAAAAAAAUGGAGAUAGAGACUGUUAAGAAGUGGAGGAAGCAAAGGCAGGAAAGUGGGUUUUCUGUGGGUGACAAAGAUGGUGAAAUGAAUUUGCCCUUUGAUGAUGCAAAGGUAUUUGAAAGGCCAAACAAGAAGAGGCGAAGGGUAUCUCCAGGGGAUCGGUCUGGAGGGAAAGUAAAACAAUAUUGGAAAAAGGGUAGCAAAAAUGGACUGGAGAAAAAACUGGUGAAAAGGGAAGCAAGGAACUCUAAAUUUGGAUUUUGUGGGAGGAAAGGCUUGAAGAAGCAGAACACAGCAGAUACUGCUGACAAUUUUAGGGGCUUCGACAAAGGUGGGGCGCCAGGAAAUAAGAAAAGGAAUAGGUGAUAUACGCUAGCCUCUGGUUUUGCUUUAUGCAAGACUUAGAAUGCACUAAUCGUGUCUCAACCAUCCCUUGGAGUUUUGCUAUAAUUAAUUGACAAUUAUUUUUUGAAGGGCAUGUUGUAGCGUUGUUCUCAUCCCUUUUUUCUAAUUCAUUUGAACUUUAAGCGCAUGGCAUUCUGUGCUGUUGGCGUUUGAAGUGUCAAUUUGAGUUUGCCUUCCGUGUUCUUUACAGAAACCAGAAACUAGCCAUCAUAUUAAA